AUGAACACAUGUCACAGAAUGCACACUGGGGAAAAACCUUAUGAAUGUAGUGAGUGUGGAAAAGCUUAUCUUCAUAAGUCAAGCAUAAUCCUACAUCAGAGAAUCCACACUGGGGAGAAACCUUAUGAAUGUAGCGAGUGUGGAAAAGCUUUUAUUUGUAAGUCACACCUCAUUACUCAUAAGAGAAUACACACAGGGGAAAAACCUUAUGAAUGUAGUGAGUGUAGAAAAGCUUUUAUUCGUAAGUCACACCUCAUUACUCAUCAGAGAGUCCACACUGGGGAAAAACCUUAUGAAUGUAGCAAGUGUGGAAAAGCUUUUAUUCGUAAGUCACACCUCAUUACUCAUCAGAGAAUACACACAGGGGAAAAACCUUAUAAAUGUAGUGAGUGUAGAAAAGCUUUUAUUCGUAAGUCACAGCUCAUUACUCAUCAGAGAAUCCACACUGGGGAAAAACCUUAUGAAUGUAGGGAGUGUGGAAAAGCUUUUCUUCAUAAGUCAAGCAUUAGAUCACAUCAGAGAAUACACACAGGUGAAAAACCUUUUGAAUGUAGUGAGUGUGGAAAAGCUUUUCUUCGUAACUCAAACCUCAUUACUCAUCAGAGAAUCCACACAGGGGAAAAACCUUAUGAAUGUAGUGAAUGUAGAAAAGCUUUUAUUCGUAAGUCACACCUCAUUACUCAUCAGAGAGUCCACACUGGGGAAAAACCUUUUGAAUGUAAUGAGUGUGGAAAAGCUUUUAUUCAUAAGUCACUACUCACUAGCCAUCAGACAAUCCACACUGGGGAAAAACCUUAUGAAUGUAAUGAGUGUGGAAAAGCUUUUCUUCGUAAGUCAAACCUCUUUACUCAUCAGAGAAUCCACACAGGGAAAAAACCUUUUGAAUGUAGUAAGUGUAGAAAAGCUUUUAUUCGUAAGUCACAGCUCAUUACUCAUCAGAGAAUCCACACAGGGGAAAAACCUUUUGAAUGUAGUGAGUGUGGAAAAGCUUUUGUUCAUAAGUCAAGUAUUAGAUCACAUCAGAGAAUACACACAGGUGAAAAACCUUUUGAAUGCAGGGAAUGUGGAAAAGCUUUUCUUCAUAAGUCAAGCAUUAGAUCACAUCAGAGAAUACACACAGGUGAAAAACCUUUUGAAUGUAGUGAAUGUGGAAAAGCUUUUAUUCAGAAGUCAAACCUCAUUACUCAUCAGAGAACUCACACUGGAGAGAAAGUGUAUGAAUGUAGUGAGUGUGGAGAAGCUUUUCUUCAUAAGUCAAGCAUUAGAUCACAUCAGAGAAUACACACUGGGGAAAAACCUUAUGAAUGUAGUGAGUGUGGAAAAGCCUUUAAUCAUAUGUCAAGCAUGAUCAUACAUCAGAGAAUCCACACAGGGGAAAAACCUUAUGAAUGUAAUGAGUGUGGGAAAGGUUUUCCUUAUAAGCCACACCUCAUUAGACAUCAGAGAAACCACACUGGGGAAAAAGCUUAUGAAUGUAGUGAGUGUGGAAAAGCUUUUCUUCAUAUGUCAAGCAUUAGAUCACAUCAGAGAAUUCACACUGGGGAAAAACCUUUUCAAUGUAGUGAGUGUGGAAAAAUCUUUCCUUGUAAGCCACACCUCAUUAGACAUCAGAUAAUCCACAAUGGAGAAAAAAACAUGAAUGUAGCUGGAGUGCCCAUUGAAUCUCUGCCAUCUGAGCCAACACGUGAUUGCCAAGACAGCUUAAAUUCUCCUGUGAACCUGAGGGCCAACUUGAUGGACAUUACAUGGCCUGACCUGGAUAAAAUCCUGUUUACAGAUGGACGCAGUUACAUCAUCGACAGGAUCAGCGGUGCUAGAGUCCCUCGGGAUUCUUCCCCUCCUCCAAGAGAACAAAGCCCACCUAAAAGUAUAGAGGAAAGAAGUGAGGGUGGCAUUGAGGAUGAAAAUCAGUCAAAAGGCUAUGAGCCAGAUACCCAUCGAGACAUUGAGACUGGAAAUCAGCGACCUCAACACCUGAACUGUCUAACCAACUGCCUGACCCUGGAUGUGCUGACACUCGACAACAAGUUCUCCUCCAAGCCACCGAUUUUUAUGUGUGCCCUGGAAGCCAUCAUGAUUGUCAUCUCCUUCAUAAAUGUGGUGGCUCUGCUGAUUAUUUCUGUGCCUCUUGGGGAUGUGAAACUACAGAAUCGGUAUGCCAAGCUACGUUCCACCAUUGAUGAGGAUAUACAAGGCAUUGAUGAUUUAUCUGACUCCCUCUCCUCCCUAGCUGAAGUAGUGUUACAAAAUCGCCGAGGCUUAGAUCUAUUGUUCUUGCAGCAAGGAGGCCUAUGCGCCGCCCUUAAAGAAGAAUGCUGCUUUUAUGUAGAUAAAACAGGUGUUGUAAAAGAGAGCAUGAAAAAGAUUCGUGAAGGCCUUAAAAAAUGA